ACUUGAGUCAGUGUGUGUAGAGACCGUACAUAAAUAUCCUUACAAUCCGUGGUUCCGUCUUAUGAAUUGGAUCGAGUACGACCGAUUAUGUUUUAGUCAAACAGAGCGAAGUAGAGUGUUGCUUUGAUGUUCACUUCUGCUUCUUCAUUAAAAGUGGUUUCUGUAAAUAUAUAGGACGCAUAUCUAGAAAAGAAGUAAUUAGGGUCAUUAGAAUGGAAGGAAUGCUUAUAAUUCCUUUGUUAGUUAUAUUUUUCUGGUGAUCACCUUUCUGGAUUCUCCUAUGUGUAUAUAAAGUGGUAGAGAAUUUGAAUGAUUCGGAAAAUGUGAUCCACGAAUGUCAUAGAGGGAUUUUGCACAGUUUCAUUUACGCAGGUCAGAUAUAUGGUAGGAAAUGUAACGAAGCAGCUACUGGACUGUUGGUAUCCUAAAGCGCAAUUUAAAAAUGUACUCCUAUACAUAGAAGGAUAAACUGGAAAUUUUCUUUCACAAAUAGACCUAGUGUUCACAUUAAUUUGACCUUUUUUUGGGUGUAUUUAAUGCUGCUGCUGUUUUAAUCCCAAUAUAGUUUGCCCUCCCUUGCACUGUGGCAUGUGAGAACUUGAGAAAAUUUGGGUGGAAUCUAGUGGCUCUAAGAAGACCUCUGAAAUAUUGUCCUUCAAUUGCUGUACACUGUUGCCAGCAUUUAUAAAUUGUUUUAAACAUUUCUAGAAGUCAUCAAGUGCACCUCCCAACAAAUAUUAAAGACCACUUGACCCAACCCUGCAUCGUUCAUCUGCAGACAGAGGUGAAAGUCACACAAUAUGAAAUGGGGCAUCGAAGCACCACAGUUCCACACUUGGUGAGUUUCGGGUGCAAAAGGAUCAGAGCCCUGUUGGGCAAAGCACUCAUUCGGUGGGCAUCUUCAUUUUAAAAGUUAUGACAGUACCUUGUUCUGGAGAGAGUGCUGACAUGUUGCAAUCGACCUCUGCUGCUCUGAAACCCACACAAGAUCCUGAGCAUUCUAAAUUGAAACCAGAGGACAGCAGUUCUCUAACAGAUGUCACCGUUUAUGAGAUUGUUAGUGUAAAUGUGUGGCCCCCAACUACAGCCACUGCUACUGUACUGCCAGAUUCUGUGGAUAAUGGAACAUCAAAGACUGACUCCAUCACCCUCCCUCGAAAGCGAAAGAUUAAAAGACCUUACUCACCAGAAAUUAAUAUUGGAAACAGAAGAUUAAUUGAAAAAACAAGGAGAAUAAAGAAACAAAAAAAACUUCAUUCAACAGAGGAAGGUACAAAUAUUCCUGAUAUGGAACCAAAUGGAAAACCAUUUUCCUGUGCAAAAUGUCAUUCUCCAUUCGUUGUCAAUCCAGCAAGGAGUCAUAGGCUAGGCUCAAGAAGGAAAUAUAGACCACGGAAGAUAACUGAUCUAGUAACAAAGCAAGUUCUUCUGCUCUGUAAUGCUUGUGGUCUUUCCAUGGUCAGAUCAAAAAAGGAGAGGCACAGAAAGGAACCUCCAACACAGGAAGAAAAGGACUGUUAUUUGAAGAAGGCUGCUGAAUUUGCAGCAUCACUGGCUGCAUCCCUCCAGGACCCCGAUGCACUUCGCCUUUACUGUCCAGCGUUUAAAUCAUCAGCUUGUCAGUGUUUACAGAAAUACAUCUCUGCAGAUGGUAAGGGCCAAGAAGAGUCUAAUGGAAGAGCCCUGCAUUUACUGUCACUUAUGAAGGAGGCUGAGCGUUUGACAAAACAAAGGAAUGUCCAGCACUCAAAUGAGAGCAACACAGAAGAAGGAACAGGGACAGAUAAACAUGAAAAGCGAAAGCCACAAGUUCCUUGUGGGCUACAGAAGUGCAGAAGUAAGGAGUUUGAGGAAUUUGUUCUAAGAAAUCGACAGUAUCUGCGAGUGGAGCUUCAUUUGUGUGAAAGAGCUUCUCAAAGAAUUUUGAUGUAUUCAAAUAAUUUUUUGCACAAGAAACUGAAAACUUCUCCCAACAGGUAAGAAAAAAGUUUUUAAAAUGAAGCAUCAGUGUGGAAAAGAAUUAAUUCACUAAUAUGUCAGCACAAUUCAAUGUAAGAAAGUUGAGAACUCAUUUUGGUAGCUUCUUUGUUUUAUUUACAUUUAUUAUAUUUUAUUAUAUAAAUGUAAUGUGGACCAUUAUGUAACUUUGUGGCAGACAGUUUUUCAUGUGCAGAAUUUGUUGUUGACUUUUACAGUAUAUGUACUAUAUCUGAAACAAGUUAUGAAUGAAUGAAGAUCACAAAAUUAAAUAUUUCUACCAUCAUGAUUCAACAAAUACCUUCUCCCCACACUCUCACUGCACACUUUACAGCAAGAUAACCUAGAUUUUGUUUCCUGGGCUGUCUGUCCACAACGUAAGUUACAGAGUUCUUUCCUGGAAGCGGCCAACACGUGGAGGUUUCAUCAGGGGUAUCACCUGAUAAGAUAUUAUGUGCUUGCCAGUCAGCUUAGGGUUGAUCUCCCCACAGGUGGUGGGCUUUAUGACAUACCCUCCAGUAACUUAAGCUGACUGUUUCCUCAAUAUCAAGGAAUUCACUGUUAUCUAAGUCUAUGGAACAGAACUCAAAUAAGGCCAAGGCAUUAAUUUGGAUCUUUACAAAACUGUAAGGACCUUUAAUUGACAUUUCUCUGGCAUUAUUUAAGAAUCUUAAUCCUCUGUAGACUCAUGUUUCUUGAAUAAAUGCAAUACCUGACUUUUCCACGCCAAGCUUAAGGCAGAACUUUGCUAUGACAUAAGUUGUACUGAAUAAUUUUCAUGAUUUAGGUUUUAUUUUGGUAGAAAAUGCAUACAAAAUUUUCUUCAGAAAGCUUGCAGAGGUUCAGCUGUCUUAGGGUUAGGGGUCAACAGUGAGUUUCUAUGAUUAUACGGAGUGUCUGGAUGAAAGGCAUCCAAGUAAAAUAAUUAUAUCUCAGAAAGCAUUCAUUAUACAUACUUAUGGGUUGCACCAUUAUAAAGGGAAACUAUCAGUUUUUUCUCUGAGUAUAUAACUUUCUCAUUCAAUUUCAGUGUGGGCUCCAUUUGUGGCAUGACAAGUUUCCAGACAGUAUUUGACCUCGUUUCACGUUGCUUGAAGCAUGUCUGGUGUUACUAUAGCCAGAGCAUCCCUUAUGUGGGCUUUCAGGUAUUGAAGGUCGUUGAUCUUAACCUGGUAGACAAUGUUUUUCACAUAACCCCACAAGAAAAAAUUCAGUGGGGUUAAAUCUGGCGACCUAGGAGGCCAAGUGAUUGGUCCAUCUCUGCUGAUUCAUCUCCCAGGCAUCUCUCUGUCCAGGUGAUUCCUAACAUGGUGGCAUAAAUGUGGUGGUGCCUCAUCUUGCUGGAGGAUAGUUUGAGGUGGUAAUUGGGACAGUGCAUACAACUCCAGCAUGUCCAAAUAUGAAUGUCCGGUCACAGUCUUUUCUGAAAAGAAAAACGGUCCAAUCAACUUGCCAUGCAUUAAGCCAGCCCACACAUUGACUUAGGGCCUGCCUCUCUCCAACUCACAUGUGACAUGUGAAUUUUGACUGCCCCAAAUCCUGCAGUUGUACCUAUUUACAACUCCACUGACAUGGAAUGUUGCCUCAUCCAAGAAGCACACUUGGCAGAGGAAAUUGGGUGAUGCAUCAGUUCUUUCUAGCAUGGCCACAGUGAAGUUUGUGCGUGCUACUUAGUCACUCAGUUUUAGUGCGUGAAUCGUUUGAAUCUUGUACACUCUUAGGUGGAGCCUUUUAUGUAGCACAUUGUGCACUGUUGAACAUGGAAUUUGUAACUGCAAGGUAGCAGCAUGAAUUUAUUUGCACAGAUUUAGCUGGAAUGCCUUUCUCAUAUGAUUGACAUUUUCUUCAGAGAUCCAUGUCUUUCCAAGAGAUUUUACAUGCAACAGACUACCUGUAGUCCUCAGUUUGUUGUUCUGGAACCUAAUUCUUUUCUGUAUAGGAGGUUGACGUCCAUAUUGCAUUCUAAAAUGACACUAGACAGCCGUAAGAGAUUGCAACUCUGCUAGCCACAACACACAUUGAACCUGUUCUUGUGGUGUUGACAUUGUUACUGAGCUCACUGAAGGUCACCAUCUGGCGCAUGCAUUUAAGCCAGGCAUGAGAAAUACUUUCAGAGUUUUGCUUUCUAAUGACAUAAACGAGAUA